AUGGGUUGCUGCAGUUCAAAGGAUGUCUGCGAUGCGAUAUAUGUGGAGAUGCGUCGACGGCUGGGUGUGGAGCCAACAAUUAGGACGGAUGCCGUUUCCGCCGCGAAACGUACCGUAGAGUUCGAGGAAAUGAUAUCACGAAAUACAGGGUGCAACAGCAGCACAGAGAAAUGUGUAGCCGUUGGGCAGCUGCGGCUGUAUGAUCGAAAACAUUGGCGGAUGUCUUCUGUGCAUCCGUACAACGAUUUGCUGCUGGCAGAUGUGGUGGAGGACGUCGCACGUCACCGUAAUGUGGCUUCAGGAGGAUGCUCUGCCGAGUUGAGGCGCUGUGACUACCGACCGUGGCUUCUUUGUAUGUGUGAAUUCUAUCGUGUGAUGCUGGUCUUUGAGAAGGCGAAGCUGCUUAACUCCGGAGGCUGGGAGAAGACCGUACUCACAGAGAAUGGCCUCAGCAAGUGCUUACCAGCAUUGACGUCUGAAUUUGCGUCGGCCUUUGCAUCGAAUCAAGGACCUGGUAGCGUGUUCGAGCCGCCUUCAUCAGCUUCCGCAGCAACAGUGCUGCAACAGGCGUUGGAGUGGUCGAUUAAUCCCUUGAAUGCGGGAAAAGGAGGCGGAGACGCAGCGGCGCGUUCUGUCCUAUUGGCGACAUUUGUGCGCUGGCUGACCCUACGGUAUGUCUGCACGUUGUUGAAUGACGAAGAUGCGGUGCCUCGUGAGGCAACACCCAAACGGAGUUCGCGCGCCGCCAGUGCUGACGAUGAGAAGGGUGAUCCCACAGAGACACGGCCACUAUGGGGUGAUGUAUUUCUGCAAAAACAGAAUAUGCUGAGGUGCGCGUUAUCGGAUCGCUCGCAGCUGGAGAAGUUGUUUGACUCCAUGACGCACGGCACGCGGCUGUUGUCGGAGGCGGGUGCCAUGGCGGGCUGUUACCACCACUUCAGCAUGGCGGAUCUGUUCGAGGAUAAGUCUGUGCACGACGCACUCGUGUCGGUGGCCUUCCGCGGGGUUGUGCAGGAGGAGAUAACACAGGACGACGAGGACACGGCGUGCAUUUGCAGCCUUCCUGUUUUUUCCCGUUUCCUCGAGGCAUACACAGAGGUGCUGCAGCUUUACUACCAUGCCGUCAUGCAGGAAGCCGCACUUCACGGGACGGAGCCUACGCUCGGGAUGCCUGCCCCCGAUCUUGAGAGAGAGGCACUCACACGUCUGCUGGAGUCGAUGAAAGGCGAAAAGGAUGAGAAUAACAGCAGUGAAAAGGAAAAUAGCGACAAUGACUGCAGUGAACUCGCGGAUCAGUUUUUGUCAUCUCUCGGCACGGGCAAAGGUGAUGCUCGGCAAGUGCCUUUCCUUCCGUUGGCCGAUGCAUGGGUGACGCAGCUUCUGUUGAGCGGUGACAAACCCGAAGUGAAAGAUAUCAGUGAACUCUACGAAGCCCUUGGACUCGGAAGUGACAUCCGAAAGGAGGCGAUUAUGUCUCUUCUUGUUGACAAUGGCUGGAACGCCAACGAGGCGGAAAGGACAUUCAACGCCAUGCAGGCGGAUGUGGGGUUGCCGCAGUAUUGCACAGCGCAGGAGUUGGCCUGUGCCUGCGCGCGUCAGCAAUGGUUGGCGGAAUGCGAGGAACGAAAGCCCGCUGCAGUGGACGAUGCUGAUGGGAGAAGCACCCCUAACGAAGGCAACGAAACGAUCCGGAUUCUCGAGAAUAUUCACCUCAUGCGUUUGCUGCACGGUGUGUACGGCAUCUUUGCUGCAGUACGUGUGUUGGAGACCAUAUCAUUGGAGGAAGGCUGCACACCUUCAAUGAAGUCCGAUGCCUCCAAGUGGGACACCACGACGCUGCUGCCUGGGCAUGUGCGUGCACUUGUGCUCCGCGAGGCUGGCGCCACGCUAGGGGUUCCGAGCUUGACUGCAGACUCUGAAAACGGGGCUCCAGGAGGGAGAGAAGUAACAGGACCAACAACAUCAGCAGAAGGAACAGUAGUAGGAGUAGCGACAGCAGAGGAAGAAAACAAAGAUGCCCUGUGUGUCACUGCCGCACGGCUUUUGCAACACAUAUCCCGCCGAUACGUGGAGGAGAAAAUGAUGGGUUGGAGACGCGAUGCCUGGGAGCGUUUGCGGGCGGCGUGGCCCCUCAGCGAUGAAGAUCAGCGACACGAUGUAUUCUUCCAAGCACUCACACGGGAAGGAGAGCGAGAGGUGCGUGCCGAAGCUGAAGGGACUGAUGAUAGCGCUCCCUGCCCACCCUUUGACGAACUGUACGAGCAGUACGCCUCCGAUCUUCUUUUCCUAUUACCACAGGAGGAGUUUCGUGCGGUGUGCCGCAACGCGGUGCGGGCGGUGGUUGACACCACUGACGCGUGCUUCACUGCAGACGAAGUCCCCGCAUUUCUGCGGUACACAAUGGGCUAUCUGCAGGUGAUGCUUGCGCUAGGCGUACCACACGACCCCUCCGCUCGUGACACUACAGCAAAGGUUUCAUGGGAAGAGCUUCAGGCCUGGCUUCUGCGCGAGGCUAAGAUAAUGUUAAAUGAGCCUCUCAGGGCUGCCUUUGCGAAGUGUGCAGGGACAGACAGCAAUGGCGUUGCAGUGAAGGAUGUCGCGGAGUGGUUUGGACUCCGGGAGGCGCGAAAAGGAUCACUCGAAACACGGCUUCGCGUGUGGUUGCGUCAGAUACGAGCUCACUUGCCGAUUCGGUACACCGCUGCCGACAGAAAGACACGCAAGAAAAUCACCGACACGAUCAGUGCGGCCGAUGACUAUAUAACAACAGAGGCCCUGACCGAAUUCCUGUCGUUGCACUACGGCCUCUGUCGAGUAUGGCCACGAGGGAUGGGGAGCAAGUUUGUGAUGUUUGCCGUGCAUGCGACAAACAAGAUCCUGCUGCGUGAGGACCUGCAGGGUAGCGAGCUGCACCGAAGUGACUUGCGCUUCCUUCUAAUUUUCAUUUACACCUACCUUGAUGUCUUUCUCCACGGGGAGUGCUUGGAGGAGAAGGCCGCGGAGACACUGGAAUGUGAAGAGGAGACACCAACAUCCCCAGUGCCACUGUUGUGUGUGUCAUGGGCCGAUAGUAAGAUGCGUCUGGCGCUGUGCUCACUGCUUAAGGGGCGGGGCAUGGACGAGGAACUCCUCCUCUCCCACGUCCUGUGUGAUGCCGCGGGUCACAACGACCAAGACGACGACGACGACAAAAACAAUAAUGACAACAUGAAACUAUUUACGGUUGCCGACGUGGCCAAUACUGUCGCCCGUGAGGCCGUUGCCGCUGCACUGCAACGGUACCUGGACAAAUGUGCAGCAGCAGCGGCAAAACAUCACUCAGACUCCAUGUGGGAUCUGCUGCGGCAGCGCCUUCCCAUCGGUAAAACGGAAGCACAGCGGCUGCAGCGGCAGCGGCUCUUCUCGAGCAUAGACCUCCAAGGGCGACAUCUGCUCACACUUUGCGAUCUCCACCGUGGAAUGUUUGACAUACUUAAACUGUACGAUUUCCGCGAAGACCUGAGCCCUGUUCUAUUUCGAGCCUUCUUUGCGACGAAGGAAGUAUCAUCAUCAGCGCAGAACACUGUUUAUUUAUUAUUGGAUGGUGAACAAUUCAUCACCGCUGCUGAGUUCCGUGCCUUUUUAUGGUAUGUAUACACGUACUUUGAGCUGUACUACAUGUUUGACACCCUCUGCACUAGUGCUGAGAGCCAGCUGAACAAGACAGUGUCUGUCGAGGCGUUCGCGGAUGCUGCACCACUGCUUAAGCGGUGGGGUGUUCGCAUAAAUGACGCCGCGGAUAUGUUUGCAUCCAUCAACCGCAAAUGUAAAGAAGGCGACCCAAUGAAUUUCAUAGGGUUCGCCACGUGGGCGUCGCUGCACCACCUGACACCGAGUGGCUACUCUCAUGAGGAACCAAUGGAUGAUGAUAGUGAUGAGGAUGAUGAUGUUAUUGCUGCUGUGGAGGAAGCGAGGGAGGGAGAAGGACGGAUACAAAACCAAGAGAAUGAGGGGGUAUACACGAAGCAGGCGACUGAUGGUGCAGCGCAGCUGGCAGUGUAG